GGCAAGACAGGCUCAACUGACUUCUCCGCAACCUUCUGUGGAUUUAUUUUUAUUUUUUAUCAAGAUAACAACUUUUUUUCCCCCAGUAAAGGAGCUGUCAAAUACCAAUACCGAGUUUUCACCUGCUGAAAGUAAGAAUUUAGAUUUGUUGGUGUAUUUCUAACAGGAGCGACCAUGUGGUUGGUGGAUGUAUGAUUUUAUGAUUUUUCACUGCGGAUUCUGAUUUGUUUUUUGCCCCCAUGAUUCCACUAUAAACUUAGUUUGGUGUUUUUAUCACACUUUGUAAAAACAAUUCCACAACCACGUGAAUAAACGUACUGAAAUACGUGUAAUAUUUAACGGGAGACUUCAAAACGUUCAGUAAGUUAUUUAGGAGCCUUUGUUUUCCUUUAAUACGUGGCAUUUGCCUAUCUUGUCGGGAUGCUGACUUUAGUAUUUGGACUUUUGUACCUGGUCAGUGGACGCACGGUUCGAAGCCAGGGUGCUACAGGUAGUCGCUUCGUUUGUAACGCCAUCCCCCCGGGCGCAGAGCCGGGCUGCGGGUAUGGUCCUUCAGGGAACCGCGUCCAGAGCAGCAGCUCCGUGGAGGACGAGCUGCGGAUCACGAUCAUCCAGCUCCGGGAGACCAUCCUGCAGCAGAAGGAGACCCUCGUGAGCCAACAGGGAACCAUCAAGGAGCUCAACUCCAAGCUGGCGCGCUGCGAAGCGGCAGUCGACGAGUCUCCGCAGGGCAAGUCCCGGGGUCAGGGCUCCAGACGGAAGGAAUACAAGAACACGAUGGGGGACCUGCCCCGGGACCCCAGCGAGACCAUCGACCAACUGGGCAAGACCAUGCAGAGUCUGAAGGGUCGGCUGGAGAACUUGGAGCAGCAGAGUUUGCGUCUCCCCAACACAAAUGUUUCAGCUGGAGGUGUCUCGGCCCUGACUCCCCUGCCACCAGAGCUGCGGGAGCUACUGCGGCAGCGUCUGGGGGCGCUGGAGACCCAGCUCCUCCGGAAGGUGGCCGAUCUGGAGGAGGAGAAGAGCCAGCUCUACAAUGAAACAGCGGCCCACCGCCAACGCACCGAGAGUGCUCUCAAUUCCCUCCUGGAGAGGAUCACUGAGCUCGAGAAAAGUAAUAAUGCCUUCAAGUCACCCGAGGAUUUCAAGGUGUCCCUCCCUUUGCGCACUAACUACCUCUAUGGACGCAUUAAGAAGAGCCUUCCAGAGAUGUACGCCUUCACCGUGUGCAUGUGGCUCAAGUCCAGCGCCAGUCCCGGCAUAGGAACCCCGUUCUCUUACGGCGUGCCAGGCCAGGCCAAUGAGAUUGUCCUCAUCGAAUGGGGGAACAACCCCAUUGAGCUACUGGUUAAUGACAAGGUGGCCCAGCUCCCACUGUCAGUGAGCGACGGCCGCUGGCACCACAUCUGCAUCACCUGGACGACCAGAGACGGCUUCUGGGAGGCUUACCAGGAUGGCGAGCGUCUAGGCACUGGGGACAACCUGGCCCCCUGGCACCCAAUUAAACCUGGAGGGGUGAUCAUCUUGGGCCAGGAGCAGGACAUAGUGGGAGGCCGUUUUGACGCCACCCAGGCCUUUGUGGGAGAGCUGAGCCAGUUCAACAUGUGGGACCGAGUACUGCGGCCCAUGGAUAUCGUGGGUCUGGCCAACUGCUCUGCUUACAUGCCGGGCAACGUGGUUCCUUGGAUUGAUGCUAAUGUCGAAGUGUUUGGCGGUGGGAGUAAAGCUGCUCUGGAGAUCUGUGAAGAUCGGGCUUUUGAUUCCUAAAGGAUCUGAUGUAAGGAUAUUUAGCAUCGCCGCUUGGAUCCAGAAGCUAAGUAUUCCGACUGUUUGUUGCUUCAGUCAAAUCCCAAAGAAAAGGGCAUCAGUGCAACAUUUUUACAUAUUUUUUAUGGUAUAACUGCCAAGUCUCAACGACUUAUUGGACUCAUCUGUAGAUGUGUCCAUUUAAUUUGAACCCUGAGGACAUUGCAGGAGACUUCAAAUUAGUGUGCUCAUCUGAAGAAGAUAUGCUGUUGCAUCAGUCUACUGUAAUGAUAUGACCUACUGUCAAUCUGUGCUUUCUCUUCAGUAGAUCAUCUUUCAUUUGAGUCCUCUUUGAAAACAGCUCUUUUCGGUUGCAUUCCUUAUACUGACAAUGCUGCACUGUAUUCGUCGUGAAUGUGAGCUCAAACAGGCUUUGAUGUUCAGUGGAAAACUAUUCCUGAGUUACAUGGUGGAGUACUACAUGCUGUGAGCUUCCUGGCUGUUUGAUGAGGCACCAAACACAGUGAAAUGAGAUGGAUGCUCAUGAGUUCAAAGUGGACAAGACCAACUCUCGCUGUUGAUUACUUUGAACCAUGGCAGAAAGACUAAAUAUUAUGCAUGAGCCCCAGCAGUGAAAAGAAUUCAGUUGAGAAGUGACAGUGCAUGCUUUCUGUCAAUACACAGUGCGUAUGUGGUGCGUCCAAAACAAGCCAAUGAAGCGUGCUGACAGCAUUACGUAAGAGUGUGUGUGUAUGUCCACGCGCGUAUGGCUUGUCUUGCGUGUAAAAAGACUAGAGAUUAUGAGGGAGGGAGGACAUUUUCAUUCUUGUAAAUCUACGCUUAAUACCUCUCUGCCCCUUGAGCAGCUGCCAUAUCCCAAACAGCUUUAUGGAUGGGCUGGCUCUGCUCAGGUUACUAGCGAUGUCGGACAGCUGCCCAGGACUGGCGUAUAGACAGAGCUGUGGAUGCCUGCCGACUGCAGUGAGGGCAGGGACUGGGCUUGACCUUCAAGGACAAUCCUUAAUUCCUCAUCUGGGUAGUAAUUAUCUGUGUUCACGAAUGAGUAUGGCGGUGAGCAGCCACCGGUCCACUAGUGUUUCUCAAAGCUAAGUGCGUUGAUAAAAAUCUACCAACGUAGAGGAGAUGUCAAAAAAAGAGCAGCACUAUGGACAUUAUAAAUGUCUUAAUUGCCUCUCACUGAACAAAAAGACUAGUUUUAUGAUAUAUAUUUUUAAAAGAAUGUAGCGAUAUUAAUGGAUUUUGGCGCCGCUUAGUGAAUAUAAUUGACGCGUUUUGCAGCUUGAUAUGCUCAUUCUUAAUGUUGUGGUAGACAUUUGUCUCAAUGCUGUUUGUCAGUGAAAUAUUGAUAUCAAUCCCGGUGCUGGAGCCCCAUAAAGUAACAAAGUAAAGAGGCAACAAAGACAUGAACUUUGGUAUCACCUACAGAGUUUCUUUUUUUCCUUACCGAGUAGACAAUAGUGAAAAAGCCAUUAAACAUCUUCCAUCCACGUUUAAAAAACAAAUGCAGUUUAUUAUAUAGUAGAAUAAAUAUGACACAGAUAUGAUGCAGUUGGUUACUGGACAGCGCAGAAUGUUAUAAAAGUUAGGGUGCACUUGUUGGAGAUGUCACCCAACACGUUGUGAUUGUUCCUCUUUUGAGUGUCUUUGUUAACAAUGUUUCAAUGUAAGAUCAAGAGACGUCUUUCCUGUAGAAAGUGUAUUUUUCUUGCUUUUUCUGCUCAUGAUUUUUGUCCAUUAGCAGCACAUUAUGUAAAAAAAAAAAAAUAGCAGAAGUACUGGUAGAAAUGCUUUGUCUAUAUUGUGAAUGGCCUUUUUGUGAGAACCGUAUGUGCUUUUGCUUGUGGACCACUCAACCUUUUUUGUCAGUUUUUAAAGCAACAGCUCAGUAGCAGCGCAGACAACGAGGGACGCAAGAAAAAGAAAAAAUGUGUCUGCUGUGAUUGUUUGAAAGUCACCUUCAUGUGCACUGCCCAUUUAAGUUAAAGCAACUUUCUGACA